AUGUCGACCACUCGUACUCCGACUUUCAGGGUGCAAGGUAUUCCCUGUGAAUAUCAGACGAGAAGUGAUGUCCGCGUGCUUAUAAAAAAUGUCCUUUCCCUUGGACCCAGCGCGAGCGUCGUCGUACAUUCAAUCCCAAUUUGCCCCGUGGAACGGAAUAGUCGUACCGCAACUGUCAGUUUCGGCGCUUUACCAGAAUGUCUCUCCGAUUACUCCAAAAAUCAAUGGGUAUUCCGCCCUGGAGCCGAAGAUGAUCUUAGUAUCAAGAAAUCACUCGUUUUCGAUACUCACUUUUCAGGAUUCACACCUCUCCAAGAAACUUUCGACAAACAUUAUGAAAUAGAUGUAAUUGCGGUGUCUGGUCUUGGGGGCCACGCGUUUGGCUCGUUCAAGGAGAGACAAGGGUCCUUUAUGUGGCUUCGGGAUGCGCUUCCGUUGGAUGUUCCGAAUGCGAGAAUUUUGAUCUGGGGAUACAAUACACAUCUCGCCGAAAGCAGUUCUUUUCAGAAUCUGUCAGACUUGGGAAUUCUUCUCAAGACCGACUUAAAAGGCAUUCGAGAUUCAAGCCAGCCUCGUUCUAUAAUCUUCAUUGGACACAGCCUCGGGGGGAUCGUGAUUAAAGAGGCCAUAAUCAGACUGAAAGGCGAAACAGGUGAAGCGUGUUCGCAAAUACUGGAUUCCAUUACUGGAUUCGUGUUCUUUGGUGUUCCACAUCAAGGCUUGGCUAUCGAGUCACUUGUUCCUCUGGUUAAAAAUCAGCCAAAUCGGAGUCUGCUUGAGUCACUUACCAAAAACUCGGCGCUUCUCCAGCGGUUAGACAAGGAAUUUCACUCUGCAAUUGCCGCAAAAUCCCCUACGAUUGUGGCUUAUUACGAAACCGAGACAUCCCCAACGGCGGUAGAAGUAACGACAGGCAAAUGGGAAUUAGUCGGACCAAAACAAGUGCUGGUUGAUGUUUCAUCGGCAAAGACCGGUAGUCAGCAACAUUACCCAAUCAACCGCAGCCACUCUGAGAUGGUCAAAUACAGCAGUGAAUACGAUGAAAUCUACAAGCGCGUUCGUACCAUCCUACAGGAACUGCUCGAGAAGCCGCAGGGUACAUCUACGGCCAGAGACCCAGAAGCGGGGCCUAAAUUAUCUCUGCAGCUUUCAGACGACAGCAAGGAUUGUCUCAGGUCACUCUCCUUUCGGGAGCAGGAACACAGGUACGACGAUAUAUAUUCCGCCAAGGACACUUGCAAUUGGAUUCUCGAGGAUCACCAAUAUCAGGCCUGGACAAACGGAACGCGAGGCCUUUUCUGGAUCAAAGGGAAUCCUGGGGCUGGAAAGUCAGUGCUUAUGAAAUUCGCCGCCACAAGGAUGCGUCAAAAAACGUCCUCAGAACUUGUUGUUUCAUUCUGCAUUCACGGCCGCGGAUCCCCUUUGCAGAAAACUCCACUUGGUGUAUUUCGUGCAUUACUGAACUCCAUGCUUCAAUCUUUCCCGCAAUAUCUUGCUCAACUCACUGAAACAUUCCGCGAUCGGGAGUUGCGAUAUGGAUCUUGGCAAGAAAAACGAUGGGAAUGGACCGAAAAAGAACUUGAAAAUUUCAUGUCCGAGGUUUUGACUAAAGGAACCAAGAACCAACCAGUAGUGAUCUUUGUCGAUGCGCUUGACGAGAUGGGAGAACACCAUGCCAAAGUCUUGCUAGCAUACUUCAAAACCCUCUUAGGCGAAUUCGAACGAGAAAAGGCGCAAGUGAAGAUUUGCUUCUCUUCGAGACAUUAUCCGAUCAUUGGCGAUGUAACAGUGCCAGUCAUCUAUGUCGAGGAGAGAAACGACAAGGACAUUAGACUAGUAGUUCGAGAACGGCUCAAGGAAAUUCGAGCAGUAACAAAGCGUCAACAACUCGAGAAUGAAAUCUUGAUGAAGGCUCACGGAGGAUUCCAAUGGGUAACCUUAAUCGUUACUGACAUACUUGCUGGGAACGCAAGUGGGAAGAAAACCGAGACUCUGCUGAAAAAGCUUAGAGCUACACCAGAAGCCCUCGACGAAUUAUACGCCGACAUAUUAUGUAGUGUCGAUGGGUCCAUGCGGUACCAAAUGACGAAACUCUUCCGAUGGGUCUUGUUCGCCCAGCGACCGUUGUCUACACAUGAGCUCCGAGAGGCUCUUGCGGUUGACAAGGACACGGACUGCACAACUAUUACGCAACUAAGAUGCCACGACAGCUGGAUAGACACUUCGGCUGACUUUGAAAAACAUGUUAUCGACCUUUCAGGAGGCUUAGUAGAAUUCCGAACUCGUGAGUUAUGGGAGCAAUACGAAGCAAGCGGAGAGGACUGGGACCGAGAAGCCCAGUUUGUCCACCAGUCAGCUGCGGACUACGUGCUCGAGAAAUUCAUCAAGUCUGUCGGUUGCGGGCCUGAAAGUCCGAUCGGAGCGGGUCACUUCGAAGUUUCCAGGUCGUGUCUCAGAUACUUGACUUUGAGUGAGAUUCUCCAAAGCACGGAUCUAUCCCAGAGAAAACUAUCAGCAACUUUCCCACUGUUACCAUAUACAGUAAGGUCUCUGUUCUAUCAUGCCAAGGAAGUUGAGAGGGCAGGAAUCCCUCAGCUUGACCUCUGUACCCUAAUCCAAUGGGGCGGACAGUCUGAAGUCUUGAACGAAAUUGCAAAAUUAUGGAGAAUAAUGGAUCCUGACAAUGCCCACGCCCCUCGGGGGUGGCCAUUUAUCGGAGCAACACCGCUCCAUGUCUCGAUAGGAUUCGGCUUGCUGAGCUCCUUCAUUCCUCUUUUGCGUGAUGGUAUAGAUUUUGACGUUAAAGAUACGGAAGGAAACACACCGUUGCUGCUCGCUCUCAGAGAAAGUCACGAAGACAUGGCCCUACUGUUGCUAGAUCGAUCGAUCGAGUUGCAGGGCCAAGACGCGGCAGAUGAUCUCGAUAUCAUCCGAACUGAAGGCCACGGACAGCGUAGGGAUUAUCUUGCGCAUAUCAAUGCAAAAAAUGUUGAUGACGAGACACCAUUAAAUGUUGCGUUGACGGUGAAAGCCGGAAAGGCAAUUUUCAAAUUGAUAGGGUUGGGUGCUGACCUUGAUCUAUUUGGACGUCAGAUUGAGCUCGUUUUCUACGCUAUUCAUCACAGAGACAGAAAGGUCCUUAAAAUGCUCAUACAAAAACAUGUGAAGCUUGAUGGAGCUGUCUUUUUUGCAGUGAAGGAAGUAGCUCAGAAUGAAGAUCACGAUGGUCUAGAGAUUGUUGCGGAACUUCUUGAAGCUGGUUGCAAUACGAGCAAAUGCCUAGACUUCCAUCAAGAACGCCAGGAUGAAGACGGCGACGAUAAUGAAGCAAUGGCUGUGGCGUCACGCAAAGGUGGUGUUGCGGUAGUCAGCCUUCUUCUAUCACAUAGCGUUCCAGCGGAUUCACGAGACGAGCUUGGAAGAACCCCGUUGCUGAUUGCCGUGGAGAAUGGCCACAAUGAAACAGUCAAGCUACUUCUAAGUACAGGGAAAGUGAACGCAGAUGUGGAAGAUGACGAUGGUCGAAAGCCACUAUUAUUAGCCGUUCAGCACGGUUACGAGGCCGUUGUUCAGCAGCUCCUCGAGACAGAAAGAGUAGAUGUCAAUUCUAAGGACUACUAUGGUCAAACGCCACUCUUAUUAGCCGUUCAGCACGGUUACAAGGCCGUUGUUCAGCAGCUUCUCGAGACAGAAAGAGUAGAUGUCAAUUCUAAGGACUACUAUAGUCAAACGCCACUCUUAUUAGCCGCUCAGAAUGGUUACGAGGCAGUUAUUCGGCUACUCCUCAAGACAGAAAGAGUAGAUAUCAAUUCUGCAGACCAGGAUGGUCGGACGCCACUCUUAUUAGCCGCUCAGAAUGGUUACGAGGCAGUUGUUCGGCUGCUUCUCGAGACAGAAAGAAUAGAUGUCAAUUCUGCAGACCAGGAUGGUCGAACGCCACUCUUAUUAGCCGCUCAGAAUGGUUACGAGGCAGUUGUUCGGCUGCUUCUCGAGACAGAAAGAGUAGAUAUCAAUUCUACAGACCAGGAUGGUCGAACGCCACUCUUAUUAGCCGCUCAGAAUGGUUACGAGGCAGUUGUUCGGCUACUCCUCAAGACAGAAAGAGUAGAUACCAAUUCUAAGGAUCACUAUGGUCGAACGCCACUCUUAUUAGCCGUUCAGCACGGUUACAAGGCCGUUGUUCAGCAGCUUCUCGAGACAGAAAGAGUAGAUGUCAAUUCUAAGGACUACUAUGGUCAAACGCCACUCUUAUUAGCCGCUCAGAAUGGUUACGAGGCAGUUGUUCGGCUACUCCUCAAGACAGAAAGAGUAGAUACCAAUUCUAAGGAUCACUAUGGUCGAACGCUACUCUUAUUAGCCGUUCAGCAAGGUUACGAGGCAGUUGUUCAGCAGCUCCUCGAGACAGAAAGAGUAGAUGUCAACUCUGCAGACCAGGAUGGUCGGACGCCACUGUUAUUAGCCAUUCAGCAUGGUCACGAGGUAGUUGUCCAGCUGCUCCUCAAUGUAGGCAAAGUAAACGCCGACUCAGAAGAUCAUGAUAGACGAACGGUACUAUCAUGGGCUAUUCAGUACGGCUAUGAGGCAGUUGUUAGGCUGCUUCUUAAUACAGACAACGUCAAUUCAGAAGAUAAUAAUGGGCGAACACUACUCUCAUGGGCUGCUCAGUACGGCCGCGAGGCGAUAGUUAAGCUACUGCUCGAUAUAGAUAAACUAGAUAUUGAUUUAAAGGAUCAAUAUGGUCGAGCGCCACUCUUAUGGGCUGCUCAGUAUGGUCAUGAGUCAGUUGUUAAGCUACUUCUCAACACAGAUAACGCCGACUCAGAAGAUAAUAAUGGGCGAACACUACUCUCAUGGGCUGUUCAGUACAGCCGUGAGGCAGUUAUUAAGCUUCUCCUUAAUACAGGCAAAGUAGACGUUAAUUCGGAAGAUAAAGAUGGACGAACGCCACUAUCCUGGGCCGUUCAAUACGGCGAUGAGGUAACAGUUAGGCUACUUCUCGAUACAGACAAAGUAGAUAUUGAUUUAAAGGAUCAAUAUGGUCGAGCACCACUCUUAUGGGCUGCUCAGCACGGCAGUGAGGCAGUUAUGAAGCUACUUCUCAACACAGAUAACGCCGAUUCAGAAGAUAAUAAUGGGCGAACACUACUCUCAUGGGCUGCUCAGUACGGCCGUGCGGCAAUCAUCGAGUUACUUCUCAACACAGAUAACGCCGACUCAGAAGAUAAUAAUGGGCGAACACUACUUUCAUGGGCUGCUCAGCACGGCCAUAAGGCAGUUAUUAGGCUGCUUCUUAAUACAGGCAAAGUAGACGUCAAUUCAAAAGAUAAAAACAAACAAACGCCACUAUCAUGGGCUGCUCAGCACGGCCGUGAGGCAGUUAUUAUGCUGCUUCUUGACACAGGCAAAGUAGACGUCAAUUCAGAAGAUUAUACUGGCCGAACGCCACUAUCAUGGGCUGCUCAGAGCGGCUGUGAGGUAGUUAUUAAGCUGCUUCUUGACACAGGCAAAGUAGACGUCAAUUCAGAAGAUUAUACUGGCCGAACGCCACUAUCAUGGGCUGUUCAGAGCGGCCGUGAGGCAGUUAUUAAGCUGCUUCUUGACACAGGCAAAGUAGACGUCAAUUCAAAAGAUCAAUUUGGUCUAAAUCCACUUGCAUGGGCUUCAUUUAAAGGCCACAAAGCAGCGGUAAAUCUUCUUCUUAACGCAGAGAAUAUUGAUGUAGAUGCAAAGGAUCAAUAUGGGCUAACACCACUCGCCUGGGCCGCUCAUCAGGGGCAUUAUUUUAUUGUCAAGCUGCUCCUCGACACUGAAAAAGUUAAUAUCAACGGAAAAGAUCAUUAUGGUCGAACGCCACUCUCACGGGCAUCUCAUCAGGGCCAUAAAGCGGUAGUCGAGCAACUCUGUAAUACUGCUCAAGUUGAUAUCGAUGCACAAGACCAAUAUGGUUUGACGCCGCUCGCACGUGCCGCUUAUCGGGGACAUGUUGCCAUUGUCAAGCAACUCCUCGACACAGGCACAGUCAAGAUUGAAAGUAAGGAUCAAUUUGGUCGAACACCACUUUUUUGGGCCAUUCAAGAAGGCCAUACGAAGGUGGUUGAGCUGCUUCUCCACGGAGGCAUAUCACUAGAUGUGGUCAUUGAGUAA